AUGAGAUCAUUUUUAUUUUCCAUCCUUUUGAUAAUAUCAACUACCAUUUCAAUUGUUUAUUGUGAUACCAAUACUACUACAACUACUGAAUCAUGUUUAAUAGUACCAUGUCAAGAUAUUCAAUCCAUUUGCAUAGUAAAAGGAACAAACAAUUUUAAUUGUACAUUAGAUUCGAAAGAUAUUAGUAUAAAUAUAUCAGAACUUCAAAGUUAUUUAGAUUCUACCAAUAAUAUGAAUGUCACUCAAUACCAAAUCCAAGUAUCAAACCAUGGACAAGACAUAUUAAAGAGAUUCCAAUUGAAACCAUUGGUUCCAUUAAAGUACUCUACAACCAAAACAUUUUGGAAUAUCGAUAUCAUGCCAAAUGGAGACUUGGUACUCCCAAAUAACAAAUAUAUCAAUCCUGGUCAAACUUUUAAUUUUGGUAUUAUAUUAAAAGAUAAUGGUAUUAAACCAAAGUUAUCAAUUAAAUCUUUAUCCUAUUAA